GGUGGCCGGUGGGAGGCGCCGAGCCGCUGGAUUUAUUCGGGGCCGGGCGCACAGGCGGCGAGGAGCCCCCUCGCCGCCGCAGCAUGCAGGGGCCUCGCGUGCUGGCCGCGCUGUGCGGCGCACUGCUCUGCGCCUCCGGCCUCCUGGCCGCCUCGGGUGACUUCUGUGACUCCAGCAUAUGCCUGAAUGGUGGGACCUGCUUGUUUGGCCAGGACAGUGUCUCUUCCUACUGCCUCUGCCCUGAGGGCUUCACAGGCCUCCUUUGCAAUGAAACUGAGAAAGGUCCCUGUUCCCCAAAUCCCUGCUACCACAAUGCUGGGUGUCAGGUUAUCGACAGCUCCCACCGAGGGGAUGUGUUUACCCCAUACAUCUGUGACUGCCCUCCGGGCUAUGCGGGCAUCCACUGCGAGACGACCUGCAACAGGGGCCUGGGCAUGGAGGAGGGCAUCAUCGUGGACUCACAGAUCUCUGCAUCAUCUCUGUACAUCGGCUUCCUGGGUUUGCAGCGCUGGGGUCCAGAGCUGGCCCGGCUGCACCGCUCGGGCAUCGUCAACGCCUGGACAGCCAGCAACUAUGACAGGAAGCCCUGGAUCCAGGUGAACCUCCUUCGGAAGAUGCGGGUGACAGGUGUGGUGACGCAGGGCGCCAGCCGCGCAGGCAGUGCGGAGUAUGUGAAGACCUUCAAAGUGGCCUACAGCCUCGAUGGACGCAAGUUCCAGUUCAUCCAGAAUGAAGAGGACUCUGGGGACAAGGUGUUCACUGGUAACAUGAAUAACAACGGCCUGAAGCUCAACAUGUUCAGCGCCCCGCUGGAGGUGCAGUAUGUGAGGCUGUACCCCGUGGCCUGCUACAGGGGCUGUACCCUGCGCUUCGAGCUCCUGGGCUGUGAGCUGAAUGCAGGAUGCUCUGAACCCCUGGGCUUGAAGGACGGCAGCAUCCCCAACAGGCAGAUCACAGCCUCCAGCAGCUACAAGACGUGGGGGCUGCCGAUGUUCAACUGGCUCCCCUUCCUUGGGCGGCUGGACAAUCGGGGCAAGAUCAACGCCUGGACAGCACAGAGCAACUCGCCCAACGCCUCGGAGUGGCUGCAGGUUGACCUGGGUUCGAAGAAGCAGGUGACAGGGAUCAUCACCCAGGGUGCCCGUGACUUCGGCCACAUCCAGUAUGUGGCUUCCUACAAGGUGGCCUACAGUGACAAUGGUAUCAGCUGGACUGAGUACAAGGAGCCAGGGGCUGUGGACAGCAAGAUCUUCCGUGGAAACUUGGACAACAAUUCCCAUAAGAAGAAUGUGUUCGAGACGCCCUUCUCGGCUCGCUACGUGCGCGUGCUGCCCGUGUCCUGGCAAAACCGUAUCACCCUGCGCCUGGAGCUGCUGGGCUGUUAGCACUUGGCCUGAAGAUCAGGCCCGAGGGACCCAAGUGACCACAGGGCUGCCCUCCACGCCCUGCCCCCUACCUGCUGUGGCGUGCUUCCCCAUCCAGUGGCAGUGGGGCUGGGCACAGGGAGGGGACCAGGCCUUGAGGUGCCUGACGCUGUCACCUCUCUCCCCUUUACUUCAAGCUCUAAGCUGCCCCGUCUAACCUGGUUUCUCAGGCUCUCUGAGGGGCUCGGUCUGGGAUUCACUGGGAUGCAUGCCGAGUUGGCGUGUGGCAUUUCGGCACCUUCCCAAAUCCGGAGUCCCCAACUCCGAGCUGACUCUUGAGGGGUUGAUUCCAGACGGAGCCCCGCCAGGCACCAGGCCAGUGAUUACGGCCUGGUCACACCCUGGGGCGCACGCUGCAGGCGCACGCUUCACCUCCCAGACACGCCUUAUCUACUGGAAACCCUCUUGACCCUGUCUUAGGAAGAAGACAGAGGGGCCCUGGGGCUAUGGAGAGACAGGAGGCUGGAGCCAGCCUGGCGCCUACCAGAUGGCUGGCUGGGUGGACAGGGCCAUGAACAGCUUCCAAAAUAUAUCUGUACUCGCCACUGGAA